AUGAACCAUAACAACUUCCAGCAGCAGCUACUCACCGAGAUCCAGAAAAUGAAUACUCGUCUUGCCGCUGUUGAAUCUGCUAGCCAGAUUAUCCUCACAAACCAGCAAACAGCCAACGAACGUGCAGAGAAACAUGAAAAUGUGCUCAAGGAGUUGCUGACAAGUGUUGAUGCGAUGAUGGCAUUGGGUGCAUCUAAGAGCACCGCUGGCAAGAAGAAUAUCUCUAAUAAACAUCCGGAUUUAAAACCUAUCAUACAGCCAAUAUUCUUUGAGCUCUGUGGCAUAGACCACAAGGUCCGUGGAGAACGAACAGAGCUACUAGCGCAGAUCCCACCUCUUGAGAACGGCGAAGCCUAUGAGGUGUUGAAUGGAGUGAAGGAGUGGAGGCCACGAUGGGCCGCAAAGAUUGAUGAUAAAGUGAACACUUUAUAUAUAGCAGAGGUUAUUGAUCGUGUUUGGGAUAAUGAAACGACACCAGAGAUGAAGGAUGACGACUAUAAACGCAGUGUCAUCACCACCAUGACAAAAUCCUACUGGCGAAACUUGAGUCAGCAAAUUUCUAUCCUCGUAUCUGCUGAGAAGGUCGAGAAGCUCACCAACAAGCAAACAAAUUCACGUUGUCGAGGGAGGCAUCAGACCGUAACAAAUCAUCAUCGUGGUGCCAUUCCAGACUUUGAAAAAUCCUAUGAGUGCAAAGGUUCAGUUGCACUAAUUGAUACAGAUUAUGGGUCGGAUUACGUAUCAUAUGAAGAGGGUGAGCUGAGCGCUGAUUCAGCAGAGCGGCGUAAAGACCAAAAUCAAGGCAAAGGAAGUCGAAAGGUUGUAGGGUUGGAAUGGCGUUCAUUAAAUUACAUAGCAUUUCUCCGGGUCCUAGACGAGAUCCACAGGCAUCGCAAAUCCGGUGGAGAUAAUAGAGGGGUGGAAACUAAUGCACAGGAGGGAACUGCUGGACCGUCAUCAAAGCGCCGCAAAGUAACUAAACCAAAGGACUUACACAAGACAACCUUUGAUACCCAUCCCUCCAAGAUGAGCUCUCGUCUCCCUAAGUCAGGCAAGUCGACAGUCCUGUUCAACACAAUGGUGAAUGCGGUAUGGUUAGAGGGGCACAAGGAGGUCAAGGUUGUGGAAGGCAUAGAGUGGCUCAAGGACUUCAGGAAGUCUAUUCGCGAGGAAGACUUGGCGGCAGAGGACAAGAAGUAUCUUGAUGAGCUGGAGGAGUGGAACACUGAUGAAGAGGAUGAGGGGAUUUAG